AUGCUUGAAGAUGAAUUACAAUCAACAAAGCAAAAAUUAAAAGUUACAGAAAGCCAAUUAUCUCGUUCUCCUAAAUGGUCACCAUCACAAAAACACGAAUCAGAACUACAAUUCCUAAAAGCUCGUCACCAAGCAGAAUUAGAUUCAUUAAAUACGAAAUUAUUUGAAAAGGAUCAAGAAAUUGACGAUUUAAAGCGUAAGUGCUGCACAAAUAAUCCAGAUAUUACAUCAUUUAUUACUUUCGCCACUAAAUCAAUUCAACUCGCGAUCGAAAAAGGAAUAACGAACGAUCAAAAAGACUUAAUUAGCCAAUUUGAAAUAACAUUACACGACUUUCAGAGUUUUCUGACACAAGCAUCCUCUUUACAGCGAUUUUUCCAAACAAUGAGAUCAUUAAUCAAAGUUUUGGUCGAUACAAACGUUGUAUUGAAUACACAGAAGCAAGAAAGAGAAGCAUCACAAAUAUUUACUCUCCAAAAGAAGCUUACGUCAUUAAAAACUGAUCAAGAAUCUAAAACAACAGAAAUUGAAGACUUAAAACAAACAAAUCAAAAAUUAUUGAUCUCUGUAUCACAACUGAGAGACCAAUUAAGUAUUACAUCAGCGGAACUAGACUCAUACAAGAACCAAGCCAAUCUACAAACAACAACAUUGAAUGAAUUGUUGCAAAAAAUGAAGAUUUUUUCAUCACCUUCUAAAUUCCAGAUUUCUAAUGAUUUCUUUGAGAUUUAUAAGAAAGUUGAUUCAUCAGUUUCAAGAUUACUUAGGAUAAAAGAAGAGAAUGAUACUUAUAAAUCAGUUUUCACAGAUUUCAUCGAAAAAUCUUUGGGAAUCAAAACUGCAGCGUUUUCUGACAAAGUUUUUGAAAAAGUAACGGAAAAAAUGAACAACCAAGCAUCAACAUUGAUAGAGUUAUCAAAGACAUUUAGUGUAGAUUACACAACUAAUGAACAAUUGAUAAGAGAUGUGAAAGAAAUUAAAAAUAAUUUGAAUUUGACAAAAAGUAAGACAGAAAAGGAAAAUGAUCAAUUAACAAGAGUUGUUAAAGACUAUACUGAACAAAUAUCUGAUUUCCAGUCUAAAAUUACAAAAAUGGAAUCAGAUCUCAAAGAUUUACAACUUAAAAAUGAAAAUUUGACAAAUCAAAACAACUUAUUAACACAUCAAAGAGAAAUAUCAUUACAGAAAGACGAGAAACAACAAAAAGAUUUCCAAGAGAAAGAGAAAAGUUAUCAAAAACAAUUAGAAAACUUGAAUUUGGUUAUUUCUAAAUCUAAAAGCGAUAUCGAAAAGAAUCAAAUACAAAUCAAAGAACUAAAUGAUACAAUAGAAACACAAACAUCUAAAAAUGAACAGUGUAACCAAAUAAUAAAUAAUUUGUCAGACGAUAACAAAAAACUGACAAAACAAAUUCAAGAAUUUGUUAUUAAAAACAACCAACAAAUGGACACUUUAGCACAGAACAAGAUAACAAUAGAGACACAAAACAAAGAGAUAGAAGUUCUUAAAGUAUUCAAAGAUGAAAGCGAAAAAGUUACAGAAGAAAACAAUGAAUUAAAACUUCAAUUAGAAAGUGUUGAAAAAGAAAACAAAAACAUCAAAACACAAAACAUGAAAUAUAAGAAUUUACUUGACCAAUUCACAAAUAAAGUAAAAACAAACAAAACACAAAUCAAUGAUUUAUCAAAUGAAAACAAAUCAUUGAAGAAUAAAUUAGAUACAACAACAAAUGACUUAAAUACAAUGAGUGUUAAUUAUCAAUCAAUACUACAAAAUGUAAGUGAAACAACAAAAGAAUUGAAUCUUUUGAAAGAAGAAAAUACGAAUUUGAAACAAAAUUUGUUCAAUUUGACAAAUAAAAACAAAAAUAAUGAGAAUUUAAUUGAAAAUCUAAAGAAUCAAGUAGAAAUUGCUUCAUCAACAAUAGCUAAACUCAAUACUGAGAAAGAACAACUUUUGUUGCAGUUAAAUUCUUCCCAAAACAAUGAGAAAAAUAUUUCAUCAAAUUUACAAAAUUUACAAAAAGAAAUUGAAAAAACAAAAUCACUAAAUAAUGAAUUAAAUGAAAGGAUAUCAAACAUGACAAAUGAAAUGUUGAAAUUACAUGAAUCUGAUGCACAAGGACAAAUAGCAAUUGAAGAACUGAAAACAACAAAAGAUAAUAAUAAAAAACUUUCUGAACAAAUACAAAACAAAAAUGAUGAAAUUUCUAAGUUAAAUGCUGAUUUAUUAAACAUUAAAUCAGAAAUUUCGAAGUUAUCAGAUGUAAUAAACAAAGUAACAAAUGAAAAUCAACAACUUAAGAAUGAUAUUGAACAACGAGAUAUUUUUAUUACUAAUCUUAAGGAUAAGAAGAAAGAAAGCAAUCUCUUGGAAAAGAAAUUAAAUGAAGCAACAUUUCAACUUGAAGAUACAAAGGAAAGAUUAAGAAAAGUGACACUUCAAUUUGAUGAAAUGUCAAAAGUAAGAAAUAAAGAAAUACAAGACAGCCAAACAAUGAUAGCUAAAUUAACAAAGAUAUUAGAUAAAAGACAAAACAAACUUUCACAAUUAAAGCAACUACUUAAACAAACUAUAAAUGAAAACAAUAAAUUACAAAAUCAUAUUCAAAUUAUUGAAAAAGAAAACCAAAAUAAUUUUGAAAAAAUACAAAAAUUACAAAGCUCCACAGUUUCUUCUAGUGAUUAUGAAGAUGUUAAACAAAGAUUAAUGCAAACACAAACAGAACUGAAUAAAAAAGAAAAGGAUAUUUUAUCAAAAGAAAGAGAAAUUUCGAAAUCAUCAAAACAAAGCAGAAUAAUUGAAAAUCAAUUGAAAAACUUGGAAAAUUGCAAAUCAAUUGUAGGAAGAAUUAAUUCCAUUUGUUUGUCAUCAUCAAGAUUAUCAUUAGAUAGUGUUAUUAAUGAACUCCAACCUUUGUUCGAUUUGUUUUCUUAUCCUUCAGAUUACAAAUUAAACACAAAACUAAAUUUGAGUUUAAUUUCAAGGCAAAUCUUUUCUAAUUAUGGAGAAAAUGGAGAAUUAUUCACUAAACAGCACAGACAAAUGCUACAACAAGUAAUGAAUAAACUUCUUCAAUUCCCAACCAAUUCUGCUUUCCCUCAUAAAGGAGAAUCUCUUAUUGAUAAAUUAAAUUCAAUGAAUUUGAUAGUUGAUGAAGUAAGACAACAAUUUGAUGCAAUGGAAAAGAAUCAAAAUAGAUUAGAUGCUAUUGUUUCUUCACAGCACAGUGCAAUUGUGAAGAUGAAUCAGUACAUGAAAAGUCCAUUACCUUCGCCAAUGAAGAAUUAG